AUUUCAUAUGUUCCAACCAAUCCUUGUACGGGCUGCAUCAAUGAAGGUAAUAAAUAUGAGGCAAACUGGCUCUUAUGUGAUUUACUCUGUCGGUUUGGACCAAACGCCAAAUGAGAUGUGGCGUGUAUUCUACACCAAAAAAUUGAUUUGAUCAUGGGACAACAGAAAACUUCCACAAAUAGUAGUUCCAUGUUGGAUCCUACUGUAGUUGUGCAUUCUUGGGAAAGUACAAAAACUAGUGAUCUUACUGGUAUUAUGCCAAUUCAACCCAAGAAGUUAUUCCACUUGGAUAUUACUUGUGAAGCUACAACUCCACCUAAUGGACAAUCACAUGUUAGAGUAGGAGCUGUACUCCCAAAGUGGUGGACACUUGUUGCAUUUGAGCCUACUGCUUCGAUGAUGUUAAACGAAUCUCAAGUAGUUGUUGCAGUCUAUAUUUUUUCGGAUACGUUAGAUCCUUCUGAAGAGUUGGUAAUCUCAGAUGAAAAGGGUUACAGAAGUACAUUUAGAUGUCUUGUCCCAGAGAGAUGUGUCGAAUCACGAGUUAUAAACCUAGUGGCACUUAUGAUGACACGUAUAUUUCGACGUAGGAAUGAAGAUCCAAUUUGCUGGUUCAUGCCUACACAUUUUGCACGAUAUGCUUUAAGCGACAAAUAUAUACCGGCAGAGGUUAUCUUUGAUUUCCUUGGAGCAUAUAUGUCACUGAAAAUUAGCCACGUCAUUAGGGUGUUUAUCCCUAUCUGUGAGGAACUACAUUGGUAUUUGGUUAUUGUUGACUUUACGAGUCGUCGCCUAAUCAUAUUGGAUUCACUGCCUUCUGUCGAAAAACAUCAACAACGCAAAAGGAACGCAAUUAAAGUGGCAACUUAUUUAGAAGCGAUGUUAGAUGAUCAUAUUUUUAAUGAUGAUAAGUCUAAAGUUAUAGAUUGCUCCACCUUUUGGCCUAUCACACCUUUUGGCCUACCCACUCAAAAAAAUAGAUCCGGAAUUUGGGUGACCAGUUGGAUGAGAGAAUGUACUUUACCAGAUAACUUCAAUAUUCAGAUUAACGACUCCACACGAAUGAGACUUGCCGUGGAUCUGGUUUUAGAGGAGUACAACGAUUUGUGUCUCGGUUUUGCCGCAGCCCGGAGGGCCAAAGAAAAGAACACCUUUGGAAGGCGACAUGCCAAAUUUCUCAAACUUCUCAGCAUGUUCCACCGAAUUCGGAAUAUGAAAUCAAGAUGUAUACCUGAUGAACCAGAUGAGCGAUUUAGGGCCGCAGAAACCUCUUGUCUUAUUGAGCGUGGGAGGCGUGGUGCGGCGGCGGAAGCAGGGCGAGGCGGAAGCGGGGCGAGGCGGAGGCAGGGUGCGGCGGCGGCGGAGGCGUGGCGCGUCGGCGGAAGUAGGUGGUGGAAAUUUGCAGCAGAGGAAGGGUAUGAGAAUGGCAGGGAUUGCAGUUGUCUGAAAACCCUAACUACUUCUCUUCUCUGA